GACUGUGAUUGGCAGUUUAUUAAUACGGUGUCAGGUAACCAGUCUCAUCAGGGUUUAUAGUGCCCAUGACACACUGGACUGCAGACUGUGAAUCUAUUGACUUCAGACUGUGCCUGCAAAAUUCCAGACUGUAGACUAUGCCUGUGAGACCCUAAACUCAUAGACUCUAGCAUGCUGACUGUGGUUAUGAGAGUCUAGACUAUAGACUGUGCCUGUGAGACUGUAGAUUAUGCCUGUAAGACCCUAGAUUGUGAGAAUCUAGCAUGCAAACUGUGCAUGUGGGACUCAAGACUGCCUGGGAGACUGUAGACUAUGCCCGGUGCCCAGGGCAGUAUAACUGGGGUGGGAGGGGAUCCUUCCUGACAGCGGGAUGGCACUGUGCCACUUCAAGGGCCUGGUCAUUCCAUGGAAGCCUGAUCAUUGCUGAAUGCAUGAGUUGUUAAACCAGUUAAUUAUUCACAGCCCUGUAAAACAUAAAACUUUGGUACUUUCUAGUUGCUAUGGUUAUAAGUUCUAGCUAUUGUUCAUCGGUUCAGAGAGCGUGGCCUUUUUUCAAUCUUUCACUCAUUCUCCCCUCCUUCACCCUCUCCUACCCAUCCCCACACUCUGUCUGCAAUAAUCCCCCUGUAGUCUGCGGAAUUCCUCUCUCACCUUGACAUGCUCUCCCUUUGCAAUGCACAAGCCACGACUGUAAUAUUUGUUGAUCCCAGAUUAUCACAGACUGGUUCUGAUGGGCCUUCUCCUCCUGAUUUGAUAUGACUGUAUGGUUUACCCCGCUUUGGGAGGCAGUGAGAGUGAGUGAUAUAUGUAGGAUUGGGGUUCCCUACAUACCAGGCCAGAUCAGUACAACAGGUGCCCUUCUUUGAAGGACAUUCCUGAAUGGGUUGGACUUUUAAAACAGUGCAACAUUUUCAUAAUUGUCUGGCCCUAUCGCACACCUUGGACUUGCUUGGCAGUAUUUGAACUCUUCCUUUGGCGUGCUGGUUUACUUAUGCUGACGUACCUUCAAACUUUGAUCAAAUCUCCCCAUUCUGAGCUGGAUUUUACACAGAUUCAUAUCCUGCACAACAGCUGGAAAUGUGGCUUCUUAAAAAGUUUACAGGGAGUGAGAGCAGUUUUAAAGAGAACUGACCAAGGUGAAGGAUUUAGUUGGUACUCAGAAGGUUAACUGAUGCUUUGGGAAAGCCAAGGUGAUUUCCAACACACAGGAAUCCAGGAAGUGCUCACAUGAAAGCUGCCCUUUGCCUCAUCAUUGCCUGUGACUGAUUAACAUGUCAUGCUAAUCGUAACUCACUUGUCGAGUGUAGUGUGACGGCACGGAGUUGCCUGGCUCUGUGUGUUGUCGUUGGAGAGGGCCAGCAGAGUAACAGCAAGCUGUUAUGUUCAGCCUGUGUCCCCAGAUGUGGCAGCUGCCAGAAGGCCAGUCCCUCUGUUUCUCUGAUAGCGGUUUUAUAUGCCUCCGCUCACCUUGUGUCAAUAAUGAGUCACAGCUUGCCGCACCAGCCAUCAGGCUGACAGAGAAGCUGGUGUUACGUGGCCUGGUCGCAGCGAAGGUUCAGCAAUAUGAUGCCACGUCCAAGAUCAUUGCUGCACAGACGCUGCCCCCCGAUUUGGAGGGAAGUUUACUCAGCCCAGCUCCCAGCCUGAAUUGCUCAGCCAAAGUGGGAUGGAGCAGCAAAGGAAUCCAGGCGGUGGGCAGGAGGAGGAAGAAUAUGAUGGAGUUCCUGGGAGAGUCCACUCUGCCAUUGCCGGAUUCCUUCUCCCCCCUCAGCUCGUCGCUGCCCAGCGGUGGAGCUGACAGUUGGAAGAAUCGAGCUGCAAGUCGCUUCAGUGGGUUAUUUGGUUCUGGUGCUGGCAUGGGACCAUUUGGUCGGGAAAUGGACAAAAUGGACCAGCUGCAGAGUAAGCUUCACACCUACAGCAUGUUCGGGCUACCCAAGCUGCCAGCACAACUACGGUUCGACCAGGACUCCUGGGAAGAGGAAGAGACCAGCUUGUACCUCGAAUGUUCAUGGCAGGAAAUCAUUGAGGCUCCUGAGAAACUGACUCGGAAGCAAUGCCAUCAACAGGAGGCCCUCUGGGAGCUGCUGAACACAGAGGUUGCCUACAUGAAGAAGCUGCGUGUUAUCACAGAUCUUUUCCUGUGCUGCCUGAUAAACCUGCAAGAAUCGGGUCUGCUGACUGAGGUGGAGCCGAAGAAACUGUUCUGUAACGUGCAGGAGAUUAUCCAACUGCACCAGAAGCUGUGGCAAGAGGUGAUGACUCCAAUGUUGCAAGCAUCCAGGGAAAGCAAAGCACUACUCAACCCCAUCUAUUUGCACAAGGGAUUCAAGACAUUUGAUGUGCACUUUAAGCCUUAUAUCCAAUACUGCAUGGAGGAGGAGAGCUGCAUGGAAUACAUGAGAAACCUUCUCCGUGACAACGAACUCUUCAGGGUCUAUAUAACGUGGGCAGAGACUCAUAAACAGUGUAACCGCCUCAAGCUCAGUGACAUGUUGGUAAAACCUCAUCAACGACUCACCAAGUAUCCGCUGCUUCUCAAGUCUAUCCUCAAAAAAACUGACGAUUCUCACGCCAGGGAUGCCAUCGUUUGCAUGGUCAGUUCCGUUGAGAGUUUCAUCGCGCAUGUGAAUUCCCGAAUGCAUCAGCGGCAGGAGCAACAGAAACUGGCAGAGAUUAUCAAUCGUAUUGAUUCUUAUGAGGUGGUAGAUGGGAGCUCAGAUGAAGUGGAAAAGGCACUGAAGGAGUUCUGCCACUUAGACCUGAUGGCUCCGAUGCUCGGUACUUCACCUGACCAUACUCGGCAACUGCUGCUCGAGGGAAGCCUGAGAAUGAAAGAAGGAAAAGACAGUAAGAUGGAUGUUUACUGUUUCCUCUUCACGGAUAUUUUCCUUAUCACCAAACCAGUGAAGAAGAUAGAGAAGACUAAAGUAAUCCGUCAACCAUUGUUAGUGGAUAAAAUAAUUUGCAGGGAACUGAGAGAUCCCGGCUCCUUCCUGCUGAUUUACCUGAAUGAGUUCCGCAGUGCUGUCGGUGCCUUUACCUUUCAGGCCAGUGUGACUGCGCAGUCCAGAGCAUGGAUUGAGGCCAUAUUCAAUGCUCAGAAUCUUCUGGAGAGAUUACGGCACCUGGAGACUGCGCAGAGACAGAGUCAGCUACCUAAUGAAGAAGACGUGGAGAGUGGGAUCUCAUCAGCCCAGUCACCACCUCUUCUACACACGUACACUGACACCAUACUUGAUUCAGAGAACGUUCAUCCAGACCGUGUGCCAGAGAGAGUUGCGGUAAUGAUUGAUGUGAAUGAAGAUCUCUCCUCGCCUGACACAGAAAGAGCCACCUCUCAGUCAGACGAUGCCUCAUUCCAGAGUACAGGCUCCUCCAGCCCCCCAAGCCACUGUGGGGUCACCCCCUCUGGCCUCUCGAUUCCCAGCACCAGAGGCCAGCUGCUGAAGACUGACGCCUCCCGCUCGGCCUCCGUGGACAGCGCUUACGGCACCUUGUCGCCGAGCUCCAUGCCAGAGUUUGAGCGGCAGCGGCAGGAGUCCGUGGAUGAUGAUGAUGAUGAUGAUGAUGAUGAUGAUGAUGAUGAUGGCGCGUUGACUCCCCGACAGAGACCAGCCUCACCGCCAGCUCACUGCCAGAGCCUGGAGCAGCCCCUGUCUCUCAAACUCAAUAACCUCAAAUCAAAGUCAGAGACCAACCUUCACCAGCUCAUUUCCCCAGAACCCUGUGUACAGAGUCAGUCACCCCUGAGUAGGAGCCUGACUAAACUCUGUGUGCCCACUGAAGGAGGAACAUUCCAGCUCUGCACCAGUCAGACCAUGCUCCCCGCUCCUUAUUCCUCCACAACCACCAAAGUGAUGGAAGUUCUCAGACGGGCAGAGGCUCAACAACGGAGGACGGGCCCAAGCCCCAGCUCCCUCGGGAGGGCUGUGGACACCAGUGACAGUGAGCUGUCUGAGGAGGGGGAGCUGAACUGUGCGGCACCCUCUGUAGAUGCACCACGUUUGGAGCCAGGCUCUGAGCCCCAUGCGUUGUCACCCUCCGACACAGAGACUGAGUGUAACUCUCUGUCUGGUACAGACGAACAGCUCAUGGACCCUCCCGGCCAGGCCGGCGGGCAGCUGAGCGGCAGCAGUCCAUCGGAACUUUCCAAACGGACAAUGUCGGGCCCUCAAGCUGGGCAGCAUCGCAAACUGACCCUGGCCGAACUGUACAGAAUGCGGACCAGCCUGCUGCUAAACUCCACACUGACUGCAUCGGAAGUGUAGCCUUGCAUUGGGCAUGAGCAAUGGGGCUUGGCUGGAACUCAAAUGGAUGGAAAGGCAUGGAACGUGAACUUUGACCUUCUGAGGCACCACCAUCAUGAUCCAUGGAGCAUUCCUGCACAUGCUCAGAAAGGAGCUGAGAGUUCUGUCAAUGCUUGUGGACCUGUUACAGAAUCGGUGUGGAGAGCAGGCAAUGAAUGAACGUGGAUGUAGAGCUGUGGGAGUGAUGAAUGUGUGUGUCAAGCUGGUGACCUGUCCCAACAUUCACUCUUAUGAGAAUUAAAAAUGCACCGUAACAUUUUAAUGUAUAAAACAACAUCCAGCUACCAGCGGUGUCUGGGCUGCCUGUUGUAUGCGGCAAUGAAAAGGAACCGAAAGUUUGAGUCCUUUCUCUGUUUCCAUCUCUUUCCUCUCCUUUUGUUGAUCUCUCUAAGCUCCCUGUUUUCUCCAGCUUCCUUCUCUUCUCCCUGUCCUUACUCCUCAUCUUCUUCCCUCUUGACUUUCCUCCCCUCUCUACUACUGUCUCCUGUCCUCUCUCCUCCACUCUGUUGUCCCCAAGAGUCUCUCCCUCAUCCCACUCCUCACUUGCUUCCAGAGAAGCCACAUGUCUGAGUAAAGAAUGGCACGGGCCAGCAUGCGACUUUGUUAACUGUGAGCAUAUUGGUCUGUCCAUUGGUCAUGGGGUUGGCAGAGACCAAGGAGCGAGCCAGUGUCCCCACUCCAAUGGAGAAAGAGAUACUGAUGCAGCUGAUUGAAACUGCACAGGGCAUCAUGUCAGGUACUACGUGGCUGGCUUCAUUGUCAGUCUGUGGUGAGUUAGCUGAUCUGAGCUGGGUGGCCUGAGGGUGGGCGAAAUGUUAGGGGGCUGAUUCGCAAUCCUCGGUGAGCACGCAGCCCCUGCCCCGUCCCCCCACUCCCCCGGUGUUAGGCAAUGGGAAAUCCAGCCAGGGUUCACGAACCACCCAGUGGCAUGUUCACACCUGUGUGGAUUUGCACAUGGUCUCAAUCACUGUCCGAACCCACACGAGGAAACUUCUCCACGCAGAUUUCAAACUCUCAGUUAUUCUAAGAAUCUCCCACUGUCAGCUUCCCGCUUGUGUACUGAGCCGCUCCAAAAAUGAAAGCCCCCUCACCAAACUGUUAACCCCUGAACAUGGUGAAGACAAAAAGGACUUGGAUAGUGGAGAACAUUUCCUCUUGUUGAUGUGCAGUUGCUGUUUGCUUCCCUUAAACCUGCAAUAUUGUUUAUUCCCCUUAAUAAUGUAUAAAGUUUCAUAUUUAUUAA